AUCUUAAUGCAAAAACACUUUAAUAGACUCUAGACUUUAAUGGUCUGAAUUUAAACCAGUCUCUCGCCGCCUUUCUUCUGCCCUUUGUUCGGCGCUGCUGCAAGCCUGCAAAUAGUAUUUAUCAUCACUCUUUAAUUUGAUCUCAGAAGAAGACAGUGAUAUCAAUUAAUUCAUUCGUUAUUCUCUCUUCUGGGUUUUGGUUAUAAAUAAAUUCCGGCUGAGAGAGAUCUGGGUUGAGUUCGAGAAGUGAUUUUAGAAAAUCUAAAGACUUCACCUUUUUCAACUGGGUGAUUAAUCGACUACAAUGUUGGCUCAGAAGCAACAAUCAGAGGAAGCUAUAGUUUCUCAUUUCAACAACGAGACUGAACAUGACGGCGUAAAAGACGACGAGAAGCUGCCGGAAAACGGUUCUCUUUUCAGUGUCAAGAAUUUACUCUGGCAUGGUGGUUCUGUUUGGGAUGCCUGGUUCAGCUGUUCUUCCAAUCAAGUUGCUCAAGUUCUGUUAACUUUGCCUUAUUCAUUUUCUCAAUUGGGUUUGGCAUCAGGGAUUGCUCUUCAGAUAUUCUAUGGUUUGAUUGGAAGUUGGACAGCUUAUCUUAUAAGUGUUCUGUACAUUGAGUAUCGAACUAGGAAAGAAAAGGAGAAUGUUAAUUUCAAGAACCAUGUUAUCCAGUGGUUUGAAGUUCUUGAUGGAUUGUUGGGUCCAUAUUGGAAGGCUAUAGGUUUGGCAUUCAACUGUACUUUUCUUCUGUUUGGAUCUGUGAUCCAACUCAUAGCUUGUGCAAGUAACAUAUAUUACAUAAAUGAUCGGCUUGAUAAAAGGACAUGGACAUAUAUAUUUGGAGCUUGUUGUGCCACAACUGUCUUCGUUCCUUCAUUUCACAACUACCGGAUUUGGUCUUUUCUAGGACUUGGAAUGACUACUUAUACCGCCUGGUAUUUGACCAUCGCUGCUUUUCUUCACGGCCAGGAUAAAGGAGUGAUGCAUACUGCUCCGACGAAACUUGUCUUAUAUUUCACCGGCGCCACCAAUAUUCUUUACACCUUCGGUGGCCACGCUGUCACUGUAGAAAUUAUGCAUUCAAUGUGGAAGCCUCAAAAGUUCAAGUAUAUAUACUUAUUGGCUACACUUUAUGUGUUCACAUUAACCUUGCCCUCGGCCUCCGCCAUGUACUGGGCUUUUGGCGAUAAUCUUUUAAGUCAUGCCAAUGCUUUCGCGGUUCUCCCAAAGACGAGGUGGAGAGAUGCUGCCGUUAUCCUAAUGCUCAUUCAUCAGUUCAUUACAUUUGGAUUUGCUUGCACUCCAUUAUACUUUGUAUGGGAAAAGGUAAUAGGAAUGCACGACACGAAAAGCAUAUGUUUGAGGGCUUUAGCGAGACUGCCUGUGGUUAUACCGAUAUGGUUUUUCGCAAUUAUUUUCCCUUUCUUUGGUCCAAUUAAUUCGGCUGUUGGAGCUCUCUUGGUUACUUUCACAGUUUACAUCAUUCCUUCUGUUGCCCAUAUGCUAGUCUACAGGAAAGCAUCUGCUCGCAAGAAUGCCGCAGAGAAACCUCCAUUCUUCAUGCCAAGUUGGACUGCCAUGUAUUGCUUGAACAUGUUCAUAGUGGUUUGGGUUUUAGUUGUGGGGUUCGGGUUUGGUGGUUGGGCUAGCUUGACCAACUUCGUUAGACAAGUCGACACUUUCGGUCUAUUUGCAAAAUGCUACCAAUGCAAGCCGCCUACUCCUCUUCCGAAACAUUGAUGAUCUUCGAUCGAAUAUUGAUGGCAUUUUGUAUCAUAGAAUGAGGAUGAUGAAUUGAUGAUCGAUGUUAUUACAUUAGUAAUUAAUUAAGGAAUGCAUGCAUGUGUGUUUUGGAUUUGCUUUUUAGUUUUUAUUUUUUUGAGUAAAGUUUACUAGAUUUAUAAUUAAUUUUUAAAAAAAGAUGGAGUGGUGGAUUAUGAUCUCUUAAUAGGGUCAAUCUGUUGUUAUGUUCAGCAUUUAGGGUUCUAUUUAAAAUGAAUAGUGUUCGAU